UCCGUCCUGCCCUAUCGAGCCUCCGGCGCUCGACUGCUGGUGUCUGGCGGAGACAGCAUGGCGGCGGGGGCGGCUGAGGCAGCCGAGGCAGCCGUGGCAGUGGUGGAAGUCGGCUCUGCCCAGCAGUUUGAAGAGCUACUGCGCCUCAAAACCAAGUCACUCCUUGUGGUUCAUUUCUGGGCACCAUGGGCUCCACAGUGUGUACAGAUGAACGAUGUCAUGGCAGAGUUAGCUAAAGAACACCCUCAUGUUUCAUUUGUUAAGCUGGAAGCCGAAGCUGUUCCUGAAGUAUCUGAAAAAUAUGAAAUUAGCUCUGUUCCUACCUUCCUGUUCUUCAAGAAUUCUCAGAAAGUCGACCGGUUAGAUGGUGCACAUGCCCCAGAGUUGACCAAAAAAGUCCAGCGACACGUGUCUAGCGGAGCCUUUCCUCCUAGUACUAAUGAACAUCUUAAAGAAGAUCUCAACCUUCGCCUGAAAAAGCUGACUCAUGCUGCCCCCUGCAUGCUGUUCAUGAAGGGAACACCUCAAGAACCACGCUGUGGUUUCAGCAAGCAGAUGGUGGAAAUCCUUCACAAACACAAUAUUCAGUUCAGCAGUUUUGAUAUCUUCUCAGAUGAAGAAGUUCGACAGGGGCUCAAAACAUACUCUAAUUGGCCCACCUAUCCUCAGCUCUAUGUUUCUGGAGAGCUAAUAGGAGGACUCGACAUAAUUAAGGAGCUGGAAGCAUCAGAAGAGCUAGAUACAGUUUGUCCCAAAGCACCCAAGUUAGAGGAAAGGCUCAAAGUGUUGACCAAUAAAGCUUCCGUGAUGCUCUUUAUGAAAGGAAACAAACAGGAAGCAAAAUGUGGAUUCAGCAAACAAAUUCUGGAAAUACUGAAUAGUACAGGGGUUGAAUAUGAAACUUUUGAUAUACUGGAGGAUGAAGAAGUGCGUCAGGGAUUAAAAACGUUCUCAAAUUGGCCAACCUACCCUCAGCUGUAUGUGAGAGGGGAUCUUGUUGGAGGAUUGGAUAUUGUCAAGGAACUGAAAGACAACGGUGAAUUGCUGCCUAUACUAAAAGGAGAAAAUUAGUGAACAUUAAGCAUGGUGUCCAAGGACUGCAAGAAGUAUCUAAUUACCAUGGAACGAUUAAUGAUUUGGUCCUGAGAAGUGGACUAAGAGUAGAGAUACAACACACUCAGCCAUGCUCAGUGUGCUUCACAAAGGUGUGCUGAAGAAACAUGCUACGUUCUCCAUGAAGCAGAGAAGGCAAUAAACUCUUCAAACUCAGCUAAAAA